UUCUUGCAGUUCACCACCAGCCACAUAGUUGCUAGUUGGUAGCGCAAUAUCUGUUACAUUUAACCAAGAGGUAUAGGCACACUGUCUUGCCUACAGCAUAGCUAUUCCGAGGUGUCGGCAUUACCAGUAACGUUAUUCUUAGCUGUAACUAUUACUGAUAACUUGCGAUUUAACCAUAGCAACCAGUGUGUUCUUAUUUAAUUCCGGAAUUGUAGCUGUAUUUUUAUUGUUUUUAACUAGUACUGUUUGUAGGCUACAUUCGUUUUACUAAUGGGGUUCAAUAAGACCUACAUCAGUGUAGGAUACGCUACUGUUGGCAUACUGGUAGGACUCUCAGCUUUUUUCGUUUGGAAUAUCGUAUAUACACAACCAUGGACGGCGGCUAUGGGAGGCUUGUCGGGUGUCAUGGCCCUCUGGGCCCUGAUCACACACAUCAUGUACCUUCAGGACUACUGGCGCACUUGGCUGAAAGGUCUCAACUUCUUCCUGUUUAUCAGUGUCCUCUUCUCCCUGUUGGCUGUUCUGGCCUUCUUCAUCUUCCUCUCCCUCGCCAUCACAUAUAGACAAGCUGUGACUGACCCCAGGAGCUUCUACCUGUCCGGGGUGUGGAGCUUCAUGACGCUGAAGUGGUCUUUCCUGCUGGGCCUCUGCUCGUACAGAUACCGCAAGGAGUUCGCCGACAUCAGCAUCCUCAGCGACUUCUGAGGACAGCGCUUAUGGGCUCCAGACCGGGUGAAUGGGAAAAGUGAUGAGACAGGGUAUGCAAAUAUGGGCUGGCCUCCCUCGCUGUGUCCUGCGGUUAUGCACUGACCUACUGAUCAGCUGAGGACUCCGUUCUCUGCAUAUUUUAAAUGAUUUUUUUUUUUACAAGAAAAUGUAUGAUAUGGUUGUAUGUGCAUCACAUCCGUUCUCUUGACAUUUUCUCAGUGAUUUGCUUUUCUAAAAACGACUACAGGGUAUAUACAGUGGCCACAUUUCCUGGAAGUACUGACUUGUGAAGAGUGAAGUGUUACUACCCAGAUUUGGGUGUUUGGAGCUGCGUAUCACCUUCUAUCAUUAACUGUGCUGCUUCCUCGUGUGCUCCAUAACAUUUGGCUUAAUGUCAACUUUUGUCCUACUGAUUAGUGGGGAAAACAGGAAUAUUGGACUUUCAGGAAUCAUUCCUGGCUAAUGAUACUGCCAUUUAUUCUAUACCGUUGUCAUUAUAUUCCUGUACACCUUUUCCUUUUCAUGUUUUCCUUUCUGCUGUUGCUGCCGCAUCACCCUUCUUUUGCAGUGAUGUGAUUACCUCCAGAGGGAGGGAGGUGAUGGCUUUUUGGCUUUCACUGGAGUUGGAAUGGAGUGUCUUAGCAAUGCUUUCACAGUACAAAACCUUCAAGCCCAUUGCUUACACAUUGAAAAUGCAUCACCAUGUUUCUGUGGUCACAUGCACUUUAUUAUUUGUACACACAAAUUUUGCAUUUCAGCUCAACCAGUACAGGUAGACACGUGAGGGGGAUUUAUAAAAUGGUUACAUGGUAACAGCAGGUACACUGUUCAGUUUUUAUGUGAGUGACAUGAAGGUGUUGGACAGGAAUGUGAGCGUGGAAAUGCAGUUUGUUGUGAUUCAGUCUACUUUGAACAGGAGGGAGCUGGGCCUACACUGUUGUUGUGACCCUACAGUAAAUAUAUUUAAAUACUACAGAUAGAGGAGGUACUGAAUUCCUUUUUCUGUCAUUUAAUGAAAGUAGAACAAAAGUAUGAGGCCACAUAGUGUAACAAGCUUUAGGUAGUGAAGAAUUCUCUUUUAUUCAAUUAUUCAAUUUCUACACAAAAUAACACAUAGGGAUGAGCUUUACUUCAAAGAAUAAUCUUAGACAAAACUUGUCUCAGAAUAGCAACCAUUGCUCAUGAUUGCCAAUGAUUUUGUAUAGUGGGAGGUAGAAGGGUCUGAUGGAGGUGGCGGGGUAGUUAAAUUUGGUCUUAUUUACCUUAGGUUCUCUUUAAAAUCACUGGUAGCCUAAUAUCUUUGCCCUUUACAGUUGGCGCUAAAGUUGCAAGAAAUGUGGCAAAGAAAGACAAAGUUAGGCUUAGAUGAGUCGGGGCAAGUAAACAUUGUGGCAACAUUCCUUCCAGCAAGAAACCUAAAGUUUUCUUUAAAAAUAACCACGGGUGGCCUAAUAUGUUUGAUUUGUAUUUGUGUAUGUACAGUAUAUACUGUAUGUAUGUGUACAUAUGGCCGAUUCUGCUAUAAUGGGAAUAAUUGGCCAUGCAAACUUUUACAAAAUGAAACCCAUUGAAACCAGUCUUGGUUUUAUUAUCCUACAUUUGUCUGCAUACAGUAUCUGAUAAUGGCUGAGCUUGAACUGUACAGGAAUUAUAUAUCUUCUGGAAUUCCCAUCACAUCAUUAAACACCUAAUUUAAUUUAUAAACAUUACCAGGAAAAAAUAAAACAUUUUAGUGUCUGAUAUAAACUUGAUAAGAUGGCUGUAUAGAAUAUCUUAUUUGUCAUCUUGAGAAAUAUUUUUUCUUUUGUUUUUUUUGUGAGAUGAUUCCUUGAAGCACAUCAUUUUUGUAUUUGUUGUGCAAAUAUUGACAUAAAUCAUAAUUUGAUAUUUAAUAAAAUAUAAAAAAGGUCUGUGGCCAGAAUGACAUUGUAUGGUGUUAUGACAGUGUGUGCUGGAAACUUAUGAAAGUGGUUUAUUUGCAACCAUGUUAACAUUAACUGCAUUUUUUUAAACAUUCAUAAAUAAAAAAUAGGCGGCAUGGACGGUGCAGUGGGUAGCUCUGCCACCUCACAGCAAGGAGGUGCUGGGUUCGAAUCCCGGUUGGCCGGGGCCUCUCUGUGUGGAGUUUGCAUGUUCUCCCCGUGUUUGCAUGGGUUUCCUCCAGGUACUCCGGUUUCCACUCACAGUCCAAAGACAUGCCGGUUAGGCUGAUUGGAGAGUCUAAAUUGCCCAUAGGUAUGAGUGUGUGCGUGAAGGGUGUGUGUGCCCUGUGAUGGACUGGCGACCUGUCCAGGGUGUAUUCCUGCCUUUCGCCCAAUGUAUGCUGGGAUAGGCUCCAGCCCCCCUGUGACCCUGUUCAGGAUAAGCAGGUUAAGAUAAUUAAUGAAAUGAAAAAAAUACAAAAUAAACUUCCAUUCAGGAAUCCUUGUCCUCCUCAACACGUGCUGGACUGUAACUGCAUGUUUUCAUGGUAGCCACGUAACCUUUAAAUUGGAAAAACUAUUUAGAAGCAUUGUUGCUGUUCUGAUGGGAAUGAGACUACUGGGAUCGGACAGGUAUAUUUCAAGAAAUAUUUCAAGAAAAAAAGCAAAUGGUCUAUUUAAGUUUAAAAAAAUAAAUAAAUAAAUGAAAUUCACUACAAAAUAUAUUAAAUAUAUAUUAAUAUAUUCAAUUUUUAUUUUACAAAAAAGAAAAAGUUCAUAAAAGUUCCUGUAUUUGCAUGAUUGCCCAUAUAUACACACACAUACAUACAGUCAUUUAGCAGGAAUAUAAUACAACAAGCCAACCAUCUUGAUAGAGCACUUAAGAAUAUUCAUGGCAGUAAUGACUGGAAUAUGUUUUGUUUAAAAUGUUACUUUGAAACAAAUAAAAACUUUUUGAGCAGUU